AUGUUACGAUCUCUCCUCUCUGCGGAUCCUAAACUAUUGAAUGCUGAAGACGUGGAUGGACGGACGCCUUUGCACUGGGCGGCCUCCUCAGGGUCAUUGGAGAUCACUCGCUAUCUCAUUGAUCAGAAGGCUGACAUUAACAAGAUGGACGGGAGUGGCUGGAGUGCCCUCCACAUUGCAGUGAGUGCAGGUAAUGAAGAGGUAGCCAAAGAGCUCAUCGGCGCAGGUGCUGAUGUCAAUCAACGCACCGACAAGGGCCUCACACCCCUGCACUACGCUGCAUCAAAGUCGCGUGUUGACAUCGGACGCUUCUUGAUAUCCAGAGGUGCAGAUAUCAACGCCCGUGAUAAAGCCAACCAACACCCUUUGCAUCGCGCAGCAACUACGGGCUCCACUGGAUUUGUAAACUUGUUGCUACACCCACCCGAGGGAGCACCCAAAACUCGACUCAAUACUGGAGACCGCCUUGGGAACACACCAUUACAUCUUGCGAUGGAGUCGGCACAUGCUGAAAGCGCAGCACUCCUGAUCGAAGCAGGUGCAGACCGAACCCGGACGAAUACAGAAGAUCAGACUGCCGAAGAUCUCGAAGGUGUAGGUGGACAGGAGCAGAAGCGCGCGCGGGAGUACCUGAUCGAAAGAUUUGGUAAACCAUGA